AUGACGCCAAGCUCUAGCGUCAACAUUACUACAUCCUUGGGAUCAACAGGCACAAACUCUGAUGAGCCUCGCUCGCCAUUCCCGAUCCCAACGCCAAGCUCAAGCUUCAACGUUUCGAGUGCGAUUCCUCCAGCGUCGGCCAACUCGACUGUGCCAGCGAGCUCGACACCUCAGUCUGGGAUUUUCACGCAGAUAACUCCUUCCGCAAGCGUACCGUACCCAUCUAGCAACAUCACCUCGAGCCCACCGGUGACAGAGACGGUCAUUAUCCCACCAACUGGCGGCAACUUUACUGUAUCUUCGGGCACGGUCAUUUCGAUCACUAUCCCAAGCAACUCCGCAAAUUUCACGAUUCCCGUGACUAUUCCUGUUGUCAACAUCACGUCAAGCGUGCCAUCGUUGACACCUACUGCUUCAUCGAACAUUACAUACACACCACCGCUCCCGACAGGCGGCGUCAACUCGUCAUCCAUUCCCUCUGCAAGCCCGACGCCUUCGUUCAACAGCACGCUCCCACCUGCAUCAAUCUGCCCAACCGUGGCUGUCACUGUCACAGUUAACGAAGUCCAACUCGCUACCAACGUUCAAUUCGUUACUACUACGGUUGUUUCAACCGUCAUCGCACCGACCACGAUCGUUUCCACCGUUACUGCACCCACGACAGUCAUCUCAACCGUCACUGCAGCCUUCAUUGCUGAAACUCUGGCUGAUGCUCUCUCCUUCGGCGCGGAGGUUACUGCAUCGUCGGCAUCUGCAUCCUUCACCCCAGCUACUCUCGCCAGCGCCCUGUCCUUCGCUCCUGAAUCCACCAAAGCCACUCCUGAUGGCACCGACUUCAGCUACAGCGCUUCCAUCCCCGACGUUUCUUCAACCCCAGGCGGUUCCCGCGAGUCCGUGUACCGCGCGCUUAACUCCCGCGCAUCCCCCUAUCAGCGCGACGCGGCCUGCAGCCUAACCGGCAACAUCGUGCGCAACCCUGACUUUGCCCAAGGUUCCGACGGCACAGUCAGCGGCUGGGAGACCGAUUCCAGCGACCCCAACAUCACACUCAACAGCGUCUCCGCCCCGGACGGCAAGGGCACAAUCGCACAAUUCAAGUCCGCAGCCGCGGGCCGCGAACUGCUCGUCAAGCAGCCCCUGACGCUCUGCCCCGGCAAGAAAUACCAGUUCAGCAUCAGCACGCAGCAGGCAAAGAAACUCGCGUCUUGCAGCGUGACGUCCACGCUCGUGUAUGCGGACGGCACGCGCGUGCAGAUUCUGAGCGUUGAGCCCGAGGAGAAGUGGACACCGAGUAACGCGUCGGUCACGGCGGGAAAGCAGGCUGAGGCGGAUUUGGAGUGCCUGGUGAAGUGUGCGGGAUUCCAGGGUAUGCCAGUUAGCGCGCAGGAGGAUGAGGGGUGGAUGAGGGUUGAUGUGCAGAAGGUUAGUCUUGUCAGGGAGUGA